AUGGGAAAAGGAAGCCUGAAAAACGUUAAUUUUCACACGAAAGCUAUAUUUGAUUUAAUUUUUGUGGGUACAAAUAGCGUGGCCUGGUUAACCUUUUCUACGUAAUACUAUUUAUAGUCAAUCAAGAGAAAACAAAACCGCCUGUUAUAAAAAAUAGAACAGGAAAUAGUUUGGACUUUGACAUUACUGGAAAAAAGAUUCUCAGAAUAACAUAGACAACUAAAAGCCACACUGUACGUCAUUGUGGCCUCAGCAUUUAGAUAACUUCGAUGUUGCUAAAAUGUUUUAAGUUCCUUUUCGGGUUUAAGCAAGAAUACUUUAAAAGAGAAAUAUGUGUUAAUUCUCCUUAACGUCUAAGUAUUGCUAUGGCGACAUUCACGGUUCAUGGGUAUGUAAUUUCAUAUGGAGCAAUCAGCAAUCACCUACCCUGAGUGUAAAUAAUUGAACCAUAAUUUGAAAGCUCUCAGCAAACCUUUAAGCUAGCAUUGGCGGCCCUCAAUUCCAUUCCCUUGUAAAUGACGCUGGAAUGAGGAACACGAGUGUAAGGUGACAUCAUCCCCUGUGAUGCAUUGUUAACGCGGAUCUUAUUCUCAUUUUGUGUGUAUUUCAUUUACGAAUUUAUUACCUGCGAAUAUUUUACGCUUCAUUAGUUACAUCGUGUUCUUGUGGUUGAUGUUUUUACCAUUGCGUGAUGUUACAUAAUUAUGUCGAGUUAUUUGUCACGUUUUGUGAAUAAAAUAUAGUCCUGUGGAUCAAUUUUUUUAAGAAGCAGCGUCGUCGAUUUUUGCCUGUAAAGCUAGCACCGUUAAGUUAAAUAUUCAUAAUAUAUAUAUAUAUGUAUAGCUAUAUGUAUAUGGAUAUAUAUAAGUGAAAGAAUCAAAGAGGACGCAUCGAUUCUCUGUUACUCUGAGUUUCGCGCCUAAGCGAUCGUUAGACAGAACUUUAUUCAGUGAAGAACAUACCUCAUUAUAUACAAAUUAGAUAAGUAGCUAAUUAAUUCACCAGUGUAAUGAUCUGAUCUACGUGUGAAAUAAAGAUUCUAUAGAGCUAUUGUUGGCGGCUUGUGAAAUUUGCUAAGUAAAACUUACUCUCGUGGCGGCAUUUAGAAAUGAGUUCCGUUCUUUUGUUUAAUAAAGAUGGCUUCUUAGCUCUAAGCUUCUUAGCUUAGCUACUUAUCUAAUUUGUAUAUAAGGAGGUAUGUUCUUCAUUGAAUAAAGUUCUGUCUGACUAGCGUUUAGGCGCGAAACUCAGAGUAACAGAGAAUCGAUGCGUCCUCUUUGAUUCUUUCACUUAUAUAUACUCAGCUCUGCUACCACAGCAUUGAGCACUUUAUGCCAAGGUAGACUCUACCCCCACAUUUAUAUAUGAAUAUAUAUAUAUAUAUAUUUUUUUUUUAAUUUUUAUUAUUUUUUUAUCGUGAGUUUAUUUGUAAAGUUUCGUUUUCUAGUAUGUAUUUUCCUACUCAUGUUUAGUAUCGUAGGCUUUUGGAUGUUUUUAAAUAGAUGGUAAACACAAUUACGCGCGACUUCGGUUACAUACCUGUAGAAUUUCGGGAUGAUUGGGGCGUUCGGACUAGUGAAUUGACAGCGUUUUGCACCCAGUGACACCCAGUGCGAGUGUUGAAGUCAAUUUCAUUUGACAUGUGCGUUUUUAUGCGUGCCGAAUAGAGUACGAGUAGAGACUGGACUUCAGCCUUACUUAACAUGGGCGUUUUAUGAACACCGAAACUAAAUCUUUUGGAAGAGCAACUCUGAUAAGCACAGAUAUAGUGCAAACCAAGACUUAGAAGAAAGGAUUUUGUGUUACUUGAAAUACAAAACAAAGAUGUGGUGUUGAUUGCAAAUAGGACCAGAACCUAGUGUUCAUCACGUGUUGUUAACAAGCGAAGAAUUUAGUGUGAUCACCUUUCAUUACGCAACGUUAUGUAACUAGCAGUAAAAAUAUAUUUAGUUGUCCAUGUUUCUUAGGUUAGAUUAAGUUAUGUAAGUAGGUAAGUAGUUGCGUAUCUAACGAAAAAUUUGUUCACGUUUUUUUAAAACGUUGUUCUUGGCACAACCGAAAAAGGGUAGGGAUACCGUAUUUACUCGUGUAUAAGUCGAGCUUUUGUGACCAAAAGAUCAGUCCAAAAAAAUCACCCGUGACUUCUACACGAGUCACACAAAAAGACCUGACCCAAACAAUCCAAGAAAUUAGCAUAGCAAUUUUCUGAAAUCCGUUAGGAAGACCGAGUUUAUAAAACCAGUUCGAAUUGUGUUCGUGUUUCGUCACUUUUCAGCGCAUUCUUCGUCCACGAAAAAGUUUCAAAUAAUAGUUUUGAGUGGCUUCACACAAAGCUACUGGAGCUGAUUUCUAUUGUGUCUUCGGACUGUAGAGCAGACAUUUUUUCAUACAGCUUCGCUGUUGUUUACAGUGCUGAACUUACAGUAGCUUAGUAACCUGGCAAAUGCUAUUGUCCCGCGCGAUCUUGUUCUUUACGCGCGAUCCUUCGAAGCUAUUCGGUGUUCCUUCGGUUUACUUAAUCUACUUUCACACUCAACAUUAAGAUAAAGGUUAGUUAAAUGCAAGAUUUCAUUUUCAAUACAUUCCCAGAAAUAAGAGAUUAACUUUUGGAACAUUUCCAUCUGUCGGAAUUUUACUUCUUCGACUAGAAAUGAUGAAAAAUCCGAUUUUUGACCUUUAAAAUGAGGGUCGACUUAUAUACAAGUUCGACUUAUGCAUGAGUAAAUACGGUACGUGUGCGCCACAUCGAAAGAUCGAAAGAAAUCGAACUUUCGGUUAAACCGCUACGAAAGGACAAGGCAUCAAACCUCUUUUUUCGAAAAGAUGGAAUGAGCUGCUUCCAAAAUUAAAACAUCCAUCUGUAGCAGUUAAAAAAGAGAGAGGUAGAUUCGAACAUCAUUCGUCCCUGGUGCUGGUACUUCUGAAGGUAUAAUCGCGGUGACACAUACACUCUUCAGUUUGGCAUCGAUCCUGAUAAUUUACUUACUCGUUUUGACAAAAAAAAAAAUGCGAAGAGGAUCGCCCGCAAAUAAUCGACGGGAUUCUUAUCAUAUCUAAACAACUCAAGUCAGUCCCAUGAGGGAAAAGAUAUGAAUUGCUGUUGCGUUAAGUUAAAUAACGCUACUUAAGCAAUGGUCAAACAGGGUAAGGAUUAGGAAACCCGCAGUGCUCAGUUUACAUAGCCUUAAGAUUACAUAAGAAUUCAGCUCCAAACAAACUAUGUCACCGAAAGGACAGCGUUUAAAGCGAGAGCAAUUCGAUGAAGCAGUAUCUUGCAUGACAAAUAUUGAGUAACCAACUGGUUCUUUUCGGUGCGGUGCUCUAUUCGGCAUUUUUACUCAGCCCAAGCUCAAGUCUCAAGGAAAAGGAAACGAUUAAUUCAGUGUUUGACUUAGUAUUAAGUUGCGAGAGGAACCGUUGAGAAUUUGCACUCGUUAUAAGGAAUAGUAUGGGGAACGAAAUAAGGUCGAUUUACAACUAUAAAUAUUUGAAGUGUAAUGUUGCGUAAAUUGAGCACAGCGUGUCUCCUAAUCCUUACCCUGUUUGACCAAUACUCAAGUAGCGUUAUUUAAAUUUAGGUACGACAAUUUUUCCAAAAAAAUUGUUCCUUUGCCAAAAGAAAACGAGAACAAUUUCACACUACUUGAAAAGAUAGUUGAAAAAAAACUGAUUAGUAUUUCUCAUUCAUCUGUUAUGAAAUAAUAGAAGUUAAGGAAGACUUCUUCGGUGAAAGGAAUGAUUGCCAUUGACCUUUUGAAAGGCUGUUUUGACGCAGUUAUCAUUAUUAUCAGUUCUGUUGUUCUAUUACACAAAUUAUCAAAACUGCACAUCGUAAAACUUUGGUGUUAGCUGUCUUAGCCCGACGCUAGAGAAUCUUAAAUUUAUUCCAAAAUAGUGAAAGCGAUCAGCCAUUUUAAACUAAAAUACUCGUAGUAUGUUGAGUUUAAUCGCCUGCCUUUGUAAAACCUGAUUGAAGCAUCGCAUGCAGACGGCAAAAAACUGAUUGAAGUGUUGCAUGCAGACGGCAAACUUCAAUAAUCAAAAGGGAACUUUUGUGACCCUCCAGGGAAAAACAGGGAAUAAGGCGAUGACAUAGGCACACGUGCAAGGUCACGGCACGCUAAGUAUAACACCAAUUUUAUGAAUAUGCGCAUAUUUAACUGGCAAAACAAAGACCGGCAUGGCAGCUUUUGUGUGGCAUGCUCAAUCCUUUGUCCCUACUAGUGUGCUAGGUGUCACGCUUACAGUGCGAUGUGACACGCGUGCCCUAUGGACAACAAAGUAAGUGAAACAAAACCACAGACAACAAAAUGAUUUGCAGCAAAUAGAAAGACGAACCUUCAAUGUUAAUUUAUCUGGGUGUCACGUUUUCGCUUCCCUUUUUUUCCAUUUGAACUGAGAAUUGACGGUUAAGUUUCUCCAUUGAUAAAAAGGGAGAAAUUGGCAUCUACCUCCACAAUCAGGUGAGGUGUAAAGGCUACUGCAAAGCUCGGCCACAGCUAAAUUCGCGUGCGAUACUUUAAUUUUUUACAGCUUAACAUGAAAGGUUACACAGUAUUUGACUUAAGUUUGAAUUAUCAUGAGCAUAAAAUAUUUAAUCGUCCCUAAUUUUCGUGUAUUUCAGGUAUACAUCAGCCAUUUUAAAAAUAAUUUUAAACACUUUUAUCAUCUCUUUUUAGAUGAAUACAGAAAUCCACUUUUUGGGUCACCAAGGGAGGACCCCUUUCUUUUCCUUUGACAUAUUGUCGUCAGCGUUCAAAUAUGGAAACAGAUGCUUCACUAAGUAUACUGAGGGCAUGCCUGACUAUUUCAAACAAGCAUUUCCUGCUGUAAUGUCAUAUGAAAGAACAUUUACAUAA